AUGUAUGUUAUAUACCAUUCAUCUCACCUAGAAAUUUAAACACUCAAAGGUCACACUACUUGUGUUAACUCUCUUUGCAUUUAUCCCACUGAAGAGAAUAAGAAUCUUCUCCUAAGUGGUGCUUAUGACACUUCAAUUAAAUUAUGGGAUUUAAGGUCGAAAACUGUAGUGAAUCAAUUCAAAGGUCACAGCAUGUAAAUAAAUGCUUUAUCGGUUUCUCCUAAUUGUAAGUUAUUGGCCUCAGGUUCAAAUGAUGGAUAAGUUAAAAUUUGGGAUAUCACUUAAGCUAAAUUAUUAGCAUCUUUUACAUAGCAUGACAAUUAAAUCACUUGUCUAAGUUUUAAUCCUGUUGACAAGGCAUUAGCUUCAGGAGGAGGAGAUCGAUGCGUCAGGUAUUGGGACUUAGAUAGAUUAACUUAACUUUCGUCUACAAGAACAGAUACAACUCCGAUUUAAUGUAUCUUAUUUGAAUAAAAUGGAAAAGUCUUAUAUUCUGCUGCCAAUGAUUCUCUAAAAGUUUGGGAUGUUGAACAUGAUUGUUAACUUUUAGAUAAUGUGGAAAGUAGUUGGAGGGGAGUUAUGGAUUUGAUUGUAGUCUAAGAAAGAGAUCAAUUGUUGGGACUAUCCUCAAAUGUGCAAAAUGGAUUUAGUCUUCAUGGAGUUAAUCUUAAAUCUAUUUGCCAGGAGACCAAAAAUUUAGAUGUGAGAUCUAGUGGAGGUGCUUCUAUCAAAAGAGGGAGAACACCAGAUAAAAGAUCAGAUAUCUAAACAGCAAAUUCAAAACCUUCAGAUUCAGAAGCUAAACUUAAAAGCAAACCAUCAUUAUAAAUGCAGGCAUAAAACAUACUGAAUUAAGAUUAUCAAUAUGAUCGUUAAAAAUCUAAUGAACAAUUGAAAGAGAUUUAGUAAUAACAAUAAUAACCUUAUUAUUAAUAAUAGUAAAUUGUGGGAUAACCAUAUCUUAAUAAUAAUGGAUAUCAAUAAUAAUAACAAUAUCCCUAGUAAUAAAUACCAUAUUAAUACUAAAUUCAACAACCUUAGUAGUUUUAAAACUAAAAUCCUUUGCUAUAUUAAUAAUAACCUAAUUAACUUUAUUAAUAAUAGCCUAAUUAACUUUAUUAACAAUAAUAACAAAAUCAGUUAUAUCUACAACAAAAUCUACUGGCAUAAUAACCGUAAUAAUUAUACUAAAAUUACGAUCCCAAUUAAUAUUUUUCGAAUUAAGUACACACUCCUUAGCACAAUCCAUAAAAACCCAUUUAACAGGUUAAUGUUCCUUAAGUCAUACUUCCGAAUAUGGAGGAGGAAGAAUAUCCUAACAAUGAAUCAGAGAUUCUAGUUUCAAGUGAUUUAACUCUUUCUUAAUUUAUGAUGGGGGAUUAAAAUAAAGAGAAGUUUAAAUAAGUUGAUCUCAUCCAUGAGAUUGUCAAGGAUCACAAUAAAGUUUAAUCAGUCUUGACUUAAAGAAUGAAUUAUAUGAAACCCAUCCUUCAUUGGUGGAGUAACAAUAAUCUUAAAUCUGCUAUGAAUGCUAUCAAUCAAGUCCAAGAACCUUCAAUAUUGCAAGAUGCUUUGUCUCUGUAUUCCCAAUCUCCUAAGUUUGGUUAAGUGCCUAUUGAUUCUCUCCCUAUGCUUUUAGAGAAAGCUAGAAUUCUAAUCGAAUCAAAGUAUACUUCUCAUAUUAGAGGAGGACUCGAUUUUGCUUGGACUACUCUAAAUUAAUUUCGAGAUGUAAUUUAUUUGAUUUUAUACAAGGAAAUCCUUAACAUUAAGCUUUUCAAUUAAUUAUCAAAGGCAGAUUUAACUAGAGAAGAAAGAAUCUAAAAAUAUGAUAGAGUGAUUGAACAAUUUAAAAUCAUUGCCUAAACUCCAAAAUUACAAAAAAUAAUCGAUAGAAACAAAGAAGAUCUCUCAGACUUGGCUAAGAAAUUUUAAAUUGAAGUUAUUGGAUUUCUCAAAAAGGUGAAUUAGAAUUAAAUGCAAAAUUGA